ACCCCAAGUGAAUUUACACAAACUGAGAAAAUCAAAAAGUGUUACUUUGUCUGUUCUAGAGUUUUUGUUCCUUCCCCAACAAAUGGAAAAUGUUUCAGCUGCACUCCAGAGGAUGAAUGCGUCAAAGUAAAUUUUAACGAUGAAAAACUAAAAAGCCUGAGACCUGCAUCUGUAGUUUCUAGCCUGAUAUCAGAAGAGGAGCGCCUUGUGAAAAUAAGGAUCGUGCCAGAAUGUUGCAAAAGGUCAAGGAAAUACGGCAGGUUUUCAAGGUCACAAAGACUGCCUCGGCCAUCCAUCAUGUCCUCACAAAUGUUUUCAUCCCUGAGAAUGGAUCAAAAAAAAACUCAAAAAAAAUAAUAAUUGUAUUGUCUGAUGGGAUGAUUUUGGGAGACCCAAUGAGUCUUACUGAUGUUUUGAACAUGCCACAAAUGAAAGAUGUCAUUCGCUAUUCAAUAGGGGUUGGUGAAGGUAUUCUGUCUAAACCUGAAGCAAUAAAAGAGAUGAAUGACAUAGCAGAUCCUGAUAAGUAUUUCAGUGUUUCCAGUUUUGCCGGAUUAGAUGACCAAAUUCUGUGCUCAAUGGAACAAAGUUUAAUUGGGAUUAUAGAUGCUGGGGCAGAGAUUGCUUUUGUGCUGGAUGGCUCUGAUAGCAUUCAACCAGAUGACUUUCAGAGAGCCAAAGAUUUCAUCUACAAUGUCAUGCUCAGUGUUUGGAAAGCAUGUUUCAAUGCAAGUAUACACUAA